CAAGUAUCGACUGGUUGGAAUACAAGGCUCUUCUGGUGAGGGCACCACCUCACACUAUGGGUCAAGCCCGAGCCGUCACGGGGUUGCAGCACAUCUAUAUGCCAGCUGACAAAGCCAACUAAGUCUGAAUCGCUUUGGAGGGCGAACGGAAGUGGAAUCCUUCAAUACGCAAGUUCUUCCGCAACUGGCAUCGACGUCGCGUGCGAUGAGGCUCGGAGACUCGGCAAUGGCCUUGGCUGCUGCGCUCCUAGGCUUCAGGGCUGUGUAUGAGGCUUGGCGUUAUUCGACUACGCUGCAUUCGAAAGGAGACUGAACGUCUGAAUAUGGCGGAAAUACAGACCAAUCACGUCGGCUCGGCAGUGCAACCAAUAUUUGGCCCUGCUAGCUCAACCUGGUGGAAUGCUUAACUGCUGCCUGAUGAUUGAGAUAUUCGCCACCGUCUUACAUGCUUGGCAGAACCUCAUGUUUAGCGAAAUUUCGCCUUUUCUUCUCCGUCAUUUAGCACGGUCGUCCUACAACCGUGUACUUUCAUCGACAAUCCCAGCAUGCGCCUUUUGAGCGUCAAGUCUCUCGAAGUGAAAGAGUUUGCUGCAAAUGCAAUCCCGCCUUACGCUAUUCUCUCUCACAGAUGGCUGGCUGACGAUGAAGAGGUCAUUCUCCGGGACAUAGAGCUGCCUGUUGCCAAGACGAAGCUCGGCUACGACAAACUCGUCAAAUCAUGCAAGCAGGCCGAAAAAGACGGGAUCGAAUACGUGUGGGUUGAUAGCUGUUGUAUCGACAAGACCAGCAGCGCCGAGCUCUCCGAGUCUAUCAACUCCAUGUUCCGCUGGUACAAGGAGGCCGUCGUGUGCUACGCCUUUCUCUCUGAUGUCCCGAGCGACUCGACCCUGGAAGAGGAUUCCCCUUUUGCAAAGAGCAAGUGGUUUACUCGUGGCUGGACACUCCAGGAGCUGAUCGCGCCCGAACACCUGCGUUUCUACUCUCAAGAAUGGAAACCUCUUGGUAGCAAGUCACAUCUAAGCGGAGUCAUUAGCCGGAUCACCGGCAUUGACGAGCUGACCUUGCGAGGCCGCCGAGAACUACAUCUGUCCUCGAUUGCAGCCCGCAUGUCCUGGGCCGCCAAGAGGGAGACAGCCAGGGAAGAGGACAGAUCCUAUAGCCUCCUUGGCCUCUUUGGCGUCCACUUGCCCCUUCUGUACGGCGAAGGUGGUAAAAAUGCAUUUCUCCGCUUGCAAGAAGAGCUCAUCCGAAUCAGCGACGAUCGGUCAAUCUUUGCGUGGCACUCUGGGUCUUUUCGCCCUCAAGAGGAGCUUCUUCUCGCUCCUUCGAAGGGCUCAUCCUUUUUGGCUUCUUCCCCCGAUGAUUUCAUCAGUUGCGGCGACAUCGUCAUAUGCAAUCUGGUCCGGAAGCCAUCCAAUUUCGUCAUAACCAAUGCGGGCUUAAGGAUCGAUGUCCCCAUCAUCUUUGAGUAUGAAGGAAGCCCCCCCGAGAGGCGCGCUCACGCCAUCUUAUGGUGUCGCCGAAAGACCGAUUAUGAGAAAAUCAUUACCAUUCCGGUACUGCUUGAUGGAAAUCGCUGUGCCCGCGCACAACGAUCAAUGAAACUAGUCCGCCGGCGAUGGGCCAUCUCGCGCUCCUUCAACUAUACUCUGUACAUGGACACCGGAAAAAAUAACCGCUCAACGGUUGAGGUAUUUCCCCAAUUCGAUCUCGGAGCAUCCGUACUCAUUCUGCAUUCUCUGCCUCUCGGAUACUGUGUCGACACCGUUAGCCCGUCCGAGAAUUGGGAGAGUUGGUCUCCCACUUCUGGACGCUUAACGAGCACGGGGUUGGGAGAGACGGUAUUCAGCAUCAGAGCAGAUGGCUCUACGUGUGUGCCACUCGAGAACAUAUACAUGCUGGUCAAGCCCAUGUAUGAGACGGGGCUGUACGUCCGUCAGCCGAGGCACAAACUCGCCCUCGUCGACCAUGAAACCGACAUCCAACGCAACACACGUCAGUCCGCAUUACUUUCAUACUACGAAAAAUCUGCGUUUUUUUCAGAAGACUUAAUCCUUGAAUCGACUGGAGGCAAUUUUGCGGCACGAGUUUCGGUGGAUGGCGACUUCGCGCCCCAGAUUGACGUUGUUGACCUGAUCAUCGACCACUCAACCUUCAGGAACUUCAAGAUAUGGAGAUCACUUCGUUACCACAAGGAACUUAAUGCAGAAAGGCUUCUGCGCCUUCUGCCUUUCCUCGCGGCUGCUCUACUGACGUUCCUGCCAAUGGCAUUGGAUCUGAAAUCGCCUCACUUGUGGGUCAAGAGAAGCCAGUGCCGAGAAGCUGGGGAUGAAGACGGAAUUCACAGAGAUAUAUCUCAUGUCUUUGUUUUCAUCUUCGUGUUCAUCUUUCUGGCUUUCCUUAAGGCAACUUCUGUGCAACUCGGCAUCUUCAGCGUUUGGGACAACUCGACAUAUCGGCAAUUUGGGUCUCGCAUAUGGGGUCACAGAGCAGUAAGGAAGGCUUGCGAAUGGAGCAAGGCGUCCAUGCCAAUGCUUCGGGCCUUGAUCCUGCUCUUGCCGGCCUCGGCAGUAGCAGCCCCAGCCGGCCAACUUGCGGGAAGCUGGUUUAAUUGGCUUUUCUCCUGGUUCCUUACGGGGCUUCUUCUAUGGGCAAGUUCUCCGAGGUGGUUGAUGGCUGUCAUACAUGCCCGAGCGUUCUUUCUUUUCAGAAUACUAUUCUUGCUUCAGUGUAUCGGGGCUAGGCUGAGAGGUAUCGUGAAACGCGACAGGAUGAUUGAUCCGACACUCUAGCCCCGAGCUACAUUUUGCCUUUGUUUCUACACUAUCAGUGCAUCACAGGGUCGAACAAACUAUGACCAGCAUACAUUAGAGGCAGUUAGUUGCGGCUAGUUCUAUGUAGGGAUGGAUUUCAGCCUUUUUUUAUUUAAUUCAUAGAAGAGACAUCAU